AUGUAUGAAUAUGCCAAGGGUGUGACAGCAUGGAUUCCAGACUGGCUUCACAAAGGCUGGAGGCCAAGCGCGGGUGGUUGGGCCAAGGACAAGGACUUAAAUACCAUUGGCUGCAAGGAUGAUUAG